AUGCUCUUGUUCUACUACUUGCUGCUCUUCGGCCAGGUAACGUCGUUGGCGAGCCCUGCGUCGAAGGCUAGCAUCCCACACCAUCACUAUGAACGGGACAUACUACUAGCAGAUGAUCGCCACUUCAGCAAGCGGCAGUUUCCGAAUUCAACUCUGGUCUCUCAGGUCUUGGAGGUUACACCACCCAUCCUGGGCUGGGACGGGCAGAUUAUUGGAGCCGGAAGACCAACACCAUUCACUGGUGUCGACACAACCGUGAAUGCGGGCUCAACUGAGGAGUGCAAAGUAACCCUCGCGAUUCGUUCCUUUGCAAAUUCAUUUAAUCAGCCUUUCGUGGGUGACUACGCACCGCCCGAAUGUCUAGGGAAUAGCAACACAGCUGUCAUGAACCUCACAGUCGAGACUAUUGGCAGGCAGUUCGAUAGACUCUCAUUCAUCUUUCUUGGAAAUACCGAAGUCUUGCGUUGGUCUACUGCUCAACCUCGUCGGAAUGGGGUGGCAUACACGGCGAUCAAAGACGCCUCAUCAUUUAUGCCACUGUGGCGGCAACCCCAGAGGAUCAUCUUCGACCUCGGCAAUCUUCUUAACGAAAAUUUGGAUGGUAUCUUCAACACAACACUAGAGGUCACUUUCUUCCAGGCACCUGGAAGUCUUUCUCCCAAUGCAGACCAGAUUAUCCCAAUCUCCAGGCGCAUAGGUCUCAACGAAUCUCGGCCGAGUGUUUUCAAUACUGCUAAUGACAAUGCGACGACUAUUGUCAAGGACUUUCCGCGCAACGCCAGGAAGGCUAUUUUCACUAUCCAGUCCUGCGGUCAGAUCGAUGAGGAAUUUUGGUGGUCCAAUUUCCCUAGUUCCACAGCCCUAUCCUUCAAUGCCACGGGAAAUCCGUCAGGCGGGUUCUCAGGUUACAGAGAGAUACAGCUGUUCAUUGACGGCCAGCUGGCAGGCAUUCAGGCACCGUUCCCCAUAAUCUUCACUGGGGGUCUCAAUCCCUCGUUCUGGAGCCCGAUAGUGGGAAUCGAUGUUUUCGACGAGAAGGAGGCUGAGAUUGAUAUCUCGCCAUUUUUGCCAUUACUUUGCGAUGGCGCGCCGCACAACUUUACCCUCAGAGUCGUAGGACUUGAUGACAACGGCAACAAUUCAGCAACCCUAUCAACAUCAGUUGGCGGCUAUUGGCAACUCAGCGGGAAGGUCUUCGUCUGGACUGAAGACGAUGCUUCUUUCAUCACGACCGGAUCACCGCCAACUCUUGAUGCUACUGAUCCAGUGAUCACCCUCACCCAAAGCCUCACUCAGAAUGCUACUGGGGUCAACGAGACACUUAAAUAUGAUGUGUCUGUCUCCCGCUCGAUUCGCAUCACAGGCUCUAUUAUAACCCCAUCAGGUCCGAUCAACAUCACUUGGGCUCAGGACAUCACUACUACCGCUCGGGGUUUCAUCAGCGACUUCGGCAAUACCUCAAGUGUACACUUCGAGACAACCGCCACUGGUGCUUCAACCCGCGACGAUGCAAUCGAGUUUUCGUCCUUUGCCUCGUAUCCGCUGGUCGUCAACUCCACGCAAUUUGUGUUGCCUAAUGGUACAGUACGCACAGACACAUUGCUCGGCCGUUGCAAAAACACCAGCAAGACGGUAGGCGAGGAAGCUGUUUUCCCGAGUGGACUGCAGGUUUUCUCAGUGCUGCCUGAAACGGCGGAUGCUGUCCCAAACAUCUCAGAAUUGUUGCUUUCGACUUGUCAAAAUGCCUCCGGCACGCGCUUGGUAUUCCCUGGCGGUGGGGCGCAGAAUGGCAGCUAUGCCGUUGCAGGUGUUGAACAAAUAAUGUCGUUCGGUGGCAAGACGAACACGGCGGUGGAAGUGAUUGAGCUGUACUUUAGGGACUUGUCAAGCCAGAAGUCUCUGCCAGCCUAUGACAUGAAGCAAUUACCAUACUAA